CUGCGCGCGCCGGGGCCCCGGGCGCAUGGAGCAGCGCUGAGCGCCGCAGCCGCCGCCACCGCUGAGGCGGGCGGGGGGGGGGACCCGCCGGCCCCGCGCCACCGCCACCGCCGCCCUCCCGGCGCUGAGGUGCACAGGACCGGAGUAAACAAGAUUCAUUAGAAUAAGAGGAAGGAGGAAUAACUGCGGGGACAUGUCACCUGCCAGCGUGGUGAUCCAGGACCUCGGAAGUCGGAGUGGCGUUGUCUUAACACCUUUGAAUGGAUGACAAGUCUGCUUCCGUAAGGUGCUUCCUGAGCUACGGAGAGAGAGGUUGUAUGUGGGGGAGCUGGCAGGUUUGGGAGGGCCUCCUGAAGAGGAUGGGGAAAUUGCUUCUCUGAGUGAUGUUGACAGGGUCCAGAGAGAAGACGGGCACCUCUCUUAAUUUAAGAUGUCCCAGUCAAUCAAAGCGUCUCCAUCGUCAUCAAAUACAACUCCUUUCAUUCGCCUCUUCCAUUCACCUACCCAAAGACCAAAUCUGGAAAUAGUAACCAAAAGAGAAGCCCACGUCAUACACAAAGCAGGGAAAGGUUGAAGUAGUUUAAGGGUUGGCCAGAUGCAGUGGGGCAUGGAGUGAACAGAAAGAGGUUAAAUUGAUGGAUGACCAACAAGAGCAGGAUUGUGCCUCAGAAGACCAAGAAACUAUCCUGAUUAAUGGGGUGAAAGAAAAUGAGCCACACUCCCUGGAUGGCGAUGAGAGGCCUUGCACCGCCGCCGAGGCCGCGGUCACGUUCUCAGCCCUGACGACAGCUCAGAAGGAAAACCACGCGUGCCACCGGGCGCUGCCAUCCCUGACUUCAAAGAAGCCCUGUUUGCUGAGCCCCCCGUCGCCGCUGCGGCUCACCGAUGUCCCCGAGCACGCCUCGGAUGACUCCUCCGCCCACGCCAUCUCCCUCACGUCCUGCGUGACAAAGGGCAUGAGCUCCUGGUCGCUGCCGGGCGACUGCGAGAAGGCUCCCUUCACCAUGAUGGAGCCCGGAGGCAUGUCGGCACUGACGGGUGACUGCUUGAUGCAGCCGAGCCGGACCUGUCUGGGCUGCUUUAUUGAAUCAAAGGACGGCAUUGAUGCAGAGCCGGGAAUAAGCUUGAAAGUGGGGGAUAUAAAUAGGGAUUAUGACACCUGUUCGGUCUCUGAUAUAGGGAUUCACUGCAUGAGCACAGGAGAAACCAUGAGAUAUGGGGAUCAACUGCUUUCAGACCAGCUUUUAAGCUUCCCUAUGCAUAAAUCGAGGGCAGCGGACAAAAGAGAUGCAGAAAAAUCUGACAGUGAUUCAGAGGACCCCACUCAGAAAAAUUAUUACGAGGGAUUACUAUUAGACAAAUGCAAUGGUGAGGAACCUUUACUAACAAAUCCCAACCAGGAAUGGGGCUAUUUUGAAUCUUUCAUUAGUGAAAGUAAAAUUGAGCUGCUUGACCUCUGCUCCAAAAAUGAGCUUUCUGUAAAUCUGUUUUCCGAGGAAGACGUGGAUAAUUAUAUGUUCGAUGACGACGAUUCCACCUUGGGAAGCGAUGUCUGCUCCCUAAAGAUUAGAUACGAAUCUUUCCAGGACAACGUGCGGGAGAAGACCACCACCCUGCAGGAGGACGCCCAGUUCAACUUCUUCCCCAGCGUGUUCGGCAACUGCACCAAAAGGGACAGCAGGAGCACCCUGAAAAGGGGGCCUGGCGGUGCCACCGACCCUUCGCAGUUCAAAUCUGAGGAAGGCAUCAUCUGGGGGGAGGAGGAGGAGGACGGCGAGGAAGAGGACGGCGAGGAGGAGGAGAAAGCUGCCUUAAAUAAAUCUUGCAACAGCACAGAGAUGGUGCAGUAUGUGGGCUCCAAGAGGAGCCACUUCUUGGACUCGGUGAAUUCCACGGAGGACUCCGGGGAGUUCAGCGACGACAGCACUUGCACGGAGUCCUCCUAUGACGUGCUGCGGGAUAUCAAGGACUGCAGCCGGUACCUGUCCCGGGACCACUCCAGCUCCUUCAUUCAGCAGAACUACGGGUUGCGGGCAAAGAGGAAAGUGCGAUACAGCGACGACUACCUGUACGAUGUGGACUCCAUCGAGAACGAGAAGAUCCUGGACAAGAAGGAGUGGCUGCCGGACGGGCCCAAGGAAGAGGACGACGACGAGUGGUGCCCCAAGAAACGGCGAAAAGUCUCUCGCAAGGAGCCCCCCGUUAUCAUCAAGUACAUCAUCAUUAACAGGUUUAAAGGGGAGAAGCAUAUGCUGGUGAAGCUCAGCAAAGUGGAUGCCAACGAGACAACUGUUACCCUAAACGAGGAGCUGCUCAGCAAAUACGAAAAGCUGGCCCCACUGAAGGGCUUCUGGCAAGAGAGGCAGCAGAGCCGGCUGGAUUUGCUCAGAUCGUCUCUCUACCACAAGCAGAAUUUCUAUCUUAACGGCUCAGAUGCUUCGUUCCUCCCUCACCCACGGAAGCGAAAAUGCAAGCUAGCAAACAGGCACCGGAUUCAAAGAAUUAAAGCCAUCGAGCAAUCAGUGAACAAGCUGGGCUCUUGCUCCUCUGAUCACAAGCAGCCUUGCAGCAGUAAAGAGGACGCGGGCCUGAAAGGGCUGCCGGCGUUAGCCAUCGCCACCCCCAGCUGUGCCAACGGAUUACACGUAAGUGACAUCACGGGCAUCGCCGCCGUGAAAUGCAAAUCGCAGGAGCGGGAGCACAAGGGGACGGAGAGGAAAGUGCUCCGCAGAAUCAAAUUCAAAAGUGAAGCCAGGUUGAAGUGCAAGAAGAUCAAAGCUGCUACCAGCACGGCGGAGGGCUCCCCGGCGCUGGAAAACCAGGACUCUGCAGUGCGCCUGAAGGACGAAAACGUUCCUUGUGCUUCAGACAGCUCCCAUCUCCCGGAGUGCCACGAGGAUAAGGUUGCUAAAAAUUCUCCUUUCCUACCAUCCACCUCCUCUUCAGACAAGCCUCUGCCAUCUGCUAAUAUCACCACCAAUGUACCCCUGAUUCCCGGAGGGUAUCUGCAGACGUUGUUAGAUGCUUCUGAUUUGUCGAGCAACACCAGUAUCUCAUACUUCGCCCAGCAUCCCUCCGAGCAGCAGCAGCACCCGCUCCCCAGCAUCGUCCCGGCGGAAAAGCCCUUCCCGGCUCUGCAGCCGGCGCAGAGCUGCGUGCUCUCCCCGCCCUCCGAGUCGGAGCUGCAGCAGUCGCCCGGCCACUUGGAGAUGGAGCAGAGCAGCUUCGGUAGCAUGUGGCCGGCCAGCAAAGCUGCCGGCAGCAACCGCCAGGACUUCCCCGGCGACAUGCGGGAUGCAGCCGGGCUGCCGAGCGAGUUCGGGGGCGGCGGUGCCGCGGGCGCAGACGGCCUCCCUGCCUCUGGAUACACUCAAGUCAAUCUGAAUAGCAGCAAAUUGCUCUACCAAAAAAAUUACAUGCCGGAUAGCCAACAAGUGCAGUCUGAUGAUUCUUAUCAGUCAUGUCAUUUUAAUAAUGGAGAGGGGCGCUUUCAUUUCCAACGAGGUACACUAAGUACAGAUGAUGGCAGGCUCAUUAGUUUUGAUUCAGUGGGUUCAUUGUCAGUUAGUUCUAGCAAUUACAGUUCUUUAAGUUUAAAGUCUUGUGAAAAGGACGGCGAGGAUGAUAUUAAUGACGAUUUCUUGGCCCACUGCAGUCCCAAGCUAGUGAUCCAGCAGAGCAUAGACGAAAUCACCCCUCUGAAGGAGUCCACGGACCUUUUAGACAUUUCCAACUUCACGCCUGAUAAGUUCCGCCAGUCGUCGCUUUCGGAGAUGUCCCCUCCGGACACUCCCAACCUGUCCCCGCAGAUAGCUGGCUCCGACGCCAAGCCUCUGGGCACCCUGAAGGGCUUUCAGGAGAGCCCCCAGGCCGCCCUCAACAGCUCCGAGAAGGUCAAGUGGAACUGCGGGGUCCUGCAGACCGAGGAUCAGGCAGAUAAUGGGUUUGCUUUAAAUAAUCACCAGUUCCAGUUCCAUAUGUUCAACGAUGAAGAUUCUGUCAGCCUUCUCGAAAAGAGUCCAUGCUUGUCAACAUUUAAUGAGCCAUCUGGUCAAAUUAGCACCAAUAGCAAAGUGUCAAAAUCGAAGAGGAAAAGUUCAUCCAGCAAGAAUGUGGGUACAAACCAAAGCUCUUCCCAGAAAGCCACCCGGAAAAAAUCGCCCAAAACCAACAAAGGAACCGAUAAGCCGCAAGGGAAAAACUCCAGGCAGGCACCCAAAUCCACCAGAAAAGGGAAAAACGCAGCGGGAGUCAACGGCGAGAAGGCUCCAGCUGUUGGCGGCAGGGUGGUCAACCAGCUGAGCAACGUGGCCACUGCCACCAAGGGCCUUGCCGAGAGCGCUCAGCAUUGCGGCCCGGCCGGGGUGAAACUGGGCAAGCACAACGGGCUCUCCGGAGAGUGGGCACUGGGAAAAGAGGGUGGCACGGGCUGGUCGGAAGCCAGCCUGGGCAAUGCCACCAGCCUCCUGGACGACGAUCAGCGGGAGUUUGAGGAGCCUUCCAACAUCCUGUCCAACAUCGCGUCGGGAAUGGCGGACGUCCAGAGGUUUAUGAUGGCCUCCAUCGAGCCCUUGUGGGGGCCUGUUGGCCACAACAGCGUUCCAGACAUAUUCCGGUCGCCGGAGUCCAACAGCCUGAAACUGAAAACUCUUAAAAUUUUGGCAGGGACGUCCCAAGAGUCGAAGAAGAAGGCGAACGGUGGCUCACCGGGGGCGGCGAAGAACCACAAGUCAAACACCAAGGGCUCAAGCAAAAACGGCAAAGCCGCAGCCGGCGACCCCGGUCGCCCCAACUGCUCGACCGGGUUCACCACGGACAUUCACGCUCCCUUUUUUGAUAAAAACUAUAGUAACCUGAGCACUUUAGGCAAUAACGGACCUACCCAUAAAAAACUCUACCGUCAUAAAUCCAGUUCGAAAUCGCUGAGGGAUGAGAACUGUAAAAUAAAGCGAACGGACCGCGAACAGCCCCACAAGGACCCCCCCGUGACAGCUGCUUUUGAGAAACUGAGGUAAUGCUGCACCAAACUGGCUGGAAUGCCCCUUAACCUCCCUCCCACCUGCUAAGCCCGCUGUUCCUCAGUUUUUUCCUUCCUGAAAGCAAAAGUUGCAUGAAAAAAAAAAAAAAAAAAAAAAAAAAAAAAGAGACGUUCCCCUUUUACAGUUUUGGUUGGUUUUGGGGGUUGGUUUUUUUUUUUCCUUUGGGUUUUGGUUGUGGUUUUUUUUUUUUUUUUUUUUUAAAUGCAUGAAAAUACUUCUUACUUGCAAGCUACCUAAAAGAAUGACCGAUUUUCUGGCUUGGCUGGGGUUAAAAACACUAACAAGGCUACUCUUUUCUGCUGUUUGGCUUCUUCAGUUUUUAAUUACUUAUUUAUUGGGGGGAAAAAAAAAAACAAAAAACAAAAAAAACAAACCGUGAUUACACGCUCUUUUUAAUGAUUUUGACGAGGAAAGACUUUUUUUUUUUUUUGGUUGAACAUUUUGUAAAAAAUAAACCACAAAAAAAAAAAAAAAAAAAAGAGGUUAUGCAUCCAAAAGCCAAGAUCUUGAAACUUAAAGGCUCUUUACUUUGCAAAUGAGAACUCGUUCCUAAUUGAGCUUCACGUGGCAAUUUUGAGUGCUUUCUGGCCCCCUCUGCUGUUUAUCUCCUAACCUGCAUCAUCUAAAGCCGCAUCUUCUGCACCCGCCCGCCUUUAGCGCGUUCGCUCCGUCGUGGUGACUCCAGACGAGCUAACUAAGAUGGCAUCAAAUGUUUGAUUUUUUCCUGCAGGGAAUCAGACUCCAUUCUUCUUAAAGCAGAAACAACAUUUUUGGGUUUUCCUGUAUUUGAAGAAGAGACUCCCUUUUCUAGAAAGACGGUUGAUGUUUGUUUCUUUCUUUUUUUUUUUUAAUUAUUAUUUUAUUUUCUUUUUCGGUUGGGUUUGUUUUGGGUUUUUUUUUCCCGUCGGUUCCUUUUCGAAAUCUGCCUUGUGGUAUGUUGAAAUGUAAGUGCUGAAAUGAAGAGUUUGAAAUUGUGGGAACUUUAUUAUUAUUUGAAAGCAAACCUAAUCUGGUAUUCUCUGUGAAAAGACUGUUUUAAAAGUCAUACUGUUGUACAGUAGUUUAUGCACUAUUACCCACAACAACAAAAAAUUGUGCCAAACUAUGAACAAGUGACUGUAUUGUAUAUAUUUUUACUUCUCUAUCAACAUUGGGUUGUGAGUGUUUUCUGCAGCUAUGCCUUUUGGUUUUACUAGAAACAUUCCAGUUGUUAAGUACUAACCACCCCCACCCCCCCUUCGAAAGCACCUGUAACUCACGGUGAAAAUGAUAUUGUUCACUUAUACAACUUACCAAAAGUUUUAUGGACAUGACUAAAAGUGUGCCAAAUUUACUUACCUCAUUUCAUGGAUUCACCCUGUGGU